UAAGAAUGAAAACUCUUUCCUUAGUUUUUCUGACUCAACUCAACAAUUAGCAAUAGGUGUUACUAUUUCAAAACACCCCAUAACAUCCAUUCUCUCUUCCUAAGACAGAAAUUACAAAAGAGGAUUUCCUUAGUGCCUCAAUAGCUGGACCCAAAAUAAUCUUGGAUUCAUUGAAAAAUAUUGAAUUAUAGAAAUUUUCAUUCUGUAAGAAAGAAUAUAUAGACAUGGUCGAUUUCGAUAAUUACAAUUACAAAGAAAAAUAGAUAUGGAGUCAAAGUUCUUAAUAGGAGAAAGUAUAAAUUCAAUUCAAAUCCUAGGAAUUACUUAGACACAAAAGAAAUGUUUAGGCCCCACUUUGGACUUAAUUUUUCAAUCAUUGUCCAUUGUGGAAUGAUGACAACGAAGAAAACUUUUAUUACAUUAUAGUUUUACAAUAACAAAAUGAUAUUGAUUACAUCAAUUCACAAUAGGGUUUGGCAAUUAAGUACAUAUAUUGAUUGAUAAAAUUAUAGAUAAGUUAAUGUACAAGAACUAGAAUAAAACUUAUAAUUCGAUGAUGGAAAAGAAAAGUAUAAGGAUUUACAAAAGGCUUUAAUAAAUAAUGAAUAUCUACGAGUGGAUGGUAGAAUUAUUCUUCAUUUUAAUUUCAAAACCAAAUAGUCUUCAUUUUAUGAUGGAUCAGGCUUUGUCUUAGAUACAGUCUCUAUUUAUAAUGGGAUAUUUCGAAGACGAUAUGAUAAUUGGAAUCAAUAUAACGUGGCUUAAGGACAUUAUCCUAGUGAUGAUAUAAUUAAAAGGGCUGAUGCAAUUAUUAUGCCUGGUAAUAGAAUAUCUGUCUAUGAUCAUUAUCAAUGGAUAGAAGAUGUUAAAUUGAUAUUAAAAAAAGCUUACGAAACCAAUCCAAAAGUUAAGAUACUUGGCAUUUGUUUUGGCUUCUAAAUACUUACUGUGGCAUUAGGAGGGGUUGUAGAAAGGAUGAAAAAUUCUUUUGUCUUCGGAAACUCUCCAUUAGACCAUAAGAUCAAUGUGAUGAAAUAGUUCAAAUUAUUCUAAGGUAUACAAUUGAAGGAGAGAACAAUGAUAAAUUAAGCUCAUGGUGAUGAGAUUACAAAGCAUCCUGAUUUUCUAGUAUUAGUUUCUUCUAGUGAUACUUGCAAAGUAACUCUACUAUAUAUAUUUAAUAGAAUGAGGUCAUGAUUUCUAAGGAUGAAAGGAUUUUGUUAUUUCAGGGACAUCCUGAAUAUUCUAGUGCAGGAUUGGGUAUGCUGUCUCUUGCAUCAAGACUACCAUCAGAAUAAUAUCCUUUGGAUUAAGUUUUAAAGGAAGUCAAAAGAUAGUAUCCUUAAGAGUAGGAUAGUUUCCAUUUAAAUAUAUGUUUAAAGUUUCUUAGAGGCGAAAAAUGAAUAAAAAUUAUUGAAUAU